AUGGAGGCAGUUCAGUCCUGGGUUUCAGAGCACAAGCUCACCACCAUUGGGGCACUCUGGGCAGCUGGAAUUGGAGCAUCACUUUUGGGUUAUUCAUGCACAAAGUCGCCAAUGAAGCCAAGUCUCAGGCUUAUCCAUGCCAGGAUGCAUUCUCAGGCGCUAACUUUAGCAGUGUUGUCUGGUGCAGCUGGGUACCACUAUUAUGAGAAACGUUGUCUUCAGCCAAAACCAGUGGCAGAUAAUACUCCUGCUACCGAUGUCACCCAGAUUUUCAUGUUGAAUGUGCUUGGAGCUGGAGAUAUAUCUGUUUGUUUAAGUUACAAAUGA